AUGGAACUUCAACAGUUCAGGCAAAAGAAGGAUAAUAAAGGAAAUAAUAGCAAGCCAUCGGGUAAAGGUGGUAAAUCUGGGAGUGAUAAGACGGCAGGCACAGUUUCUGAAGCAGCUGGAGAAUUAUCCAAUCAUGAUACAGGUGAUACUGUUGACGUUUCAGAGUCAAGUUCCGGAGUGGUUGCAGAGGCAAGUGAUACAGCUACUGAGUCAAUUCCUAGAGUGGAAACAGUGGCAAGUGAUGCUGCUUCUAGAGUAGAUCCAGUCACAAGUGAAAGUCCUGUUUCUAAUAAAGAUACUUCAGCAAAGGGUAAAGUUGGAAUAGCAUGUCUUUUGGAUGUUGCCGGAUUUCCAUCAGAGGGAUCGAAAACAGAUAACACUAGCGAUGGGCAUGAUGUAGAUAUUAGGGCUUCUCCGGAGGAUGGAUCAUCUUCUCUGGUUCUUGAGGACACAACCAUUAAUGUCCCAGCUAUGGUUUUAGAAGAGAGGUUAGGAGAUUCCAAUUUACUUUUGCCCACUGAUUUUUCAUCAGGACUGGAGAGGGAGCAUGGGGAAGAGCAGGUAACAGAUGUAGGGGCAAUGCAGGAAGUUGGUGGUUCCGGUGGAAAUGAAACUGAUGACCGCAUGGUGAUUUUUCUUAAUGGAGAUAGCAAUCCUCCUACAGAUGAUGCUAGUGAUUCUAUUGCAGAAAGGACAGCUGAUUCAGGGAAUAGGUUUGCGGAGGAGAAUUUCUCUGUUGCCACACAACUCAGCAAGAUUGACGAUGCAUCAUUGACUGAUUCUGUUGCCAACUAUGCUGGAGAAAAUGAAGAGCCCCGUGAUCAUUCUUUUGGCACUUCUCCUUUAACUGAGUCCUCAAUGAUGUCAACAUCUGUGGCAAUGGGUCAUGAGAGAGAUGUCACAUCAUUUGGUCCAAAUGAUGAGAAACCAGAGGCAGUUAAUUUAUUAGAUACAGAAGGUUCUCAAGCAAAUUCUGGAUUUUUUGAGGUAGAAAGAUCUUACAAGGUUAAAAGUAACGAAAUUUUACAGGUACUUGAUCAAGAUGAAUUCAGGUACAUAUUCAUGUCAAGAGAAUCAUCAGCUGAGAAACCUAGAAAUGCAGAUAAGAGUCAAGCUACUGAUGGUGUCAUUCAUGAUUCUUUUGAGAGGCUCAAAGAACAUUUGUAUAUGACAAGUUUGUCAAAGGAUGCGUGUUAUUUACAACUGUCUGAGCAUCUAAAGGGGAUUGAUGGAAUUGCAGUGAACUCUUCACUUGUUGAAGUCGAAGGGAAAAAUGAUACAAUUGCCAAAGAAAUUGUGCAGUGCAGAAAUGAGCUCCAGGAGGCUUUAUCAGAGAAGGUAGAACUUGAGAAGCAGCUUCAGUUAUCAAGAUCUGAGGCUGAUGUUUUUGCUGCUAAAGUUAAUGAAUUGCAGAAUAAAUUAGAAAUGACACCAGGAGAAAUAUCAGGCAUAUUAUCUGAGCUAGUUGAGUGCAGGAAUUUGGUACAAGCCUUGCAAUCUGAAAAUGAAAACUUGAAUGUAAGUUUCAAAGUGAUGAUCGAAGAAAAAAACAAACUUUCACAGGAGAGUAGAAAUGUUUUGCUGGAGAAUGAAAAAAUCACUGAGGAAUUAUAUCAGCACAGAGUUUCUUUAGAGUCAUUCCAGACUUUAAUACAAGAUUACAGGAAAAGACUCGAGCAGGAAAAUUAUGGCCUGAUCAGUGAGAAUAGUAAAUUACUUGCUGGCCUGGCAGAGUGUCAGAAUACAGUGGAAGUUCUAAGGGUGGAAAACAAAAACUUGAAUGAGAUUUUGACAUCUUUAUCAGAAGAAAGAAAAAAAUUUGAUGAGGAAAAAGUAUCGAUGGACCAUCAGAUUGGAAAAAUGUCGGAAGAAUCAGUUAACUGCAAAGAAUUGAUUCUAACUCUUCAGACGGAGAUUAUCAACCUUAAUGAGCAUAUGAGAUCCUUAUCUGAGGAGAAGAGCAAGCUUGAAGAAGAGCAUAAUACAAUUUUCAGUGAGUAUGAAAAGCAAUAUCACAAGUUAGUGGAGUUCAAUGUUCUAGAAACUGUUCUGCUAGCAGAAUGCUGUAAGGCUGUGAAGAAUCUAAAAGAAGCCAGAACUUCCAUUAAGCAUUACACUGAAGAAAAUAUAUCCCUCAAUGCUGAUUUAGAGUUUCACAGGAUCAAACUAAAAGAUAUAGAUUGUCAGAAAAACUCAUCUCAGUUUGAUGAAGUUGAAAGUCAAGAUGUUAAGAAUGAUACUGGUGUGUUGCAUGAGUCCAAAUCUCAUCAGUCAUCUAGUAGACAGAUGAAAUUGGAUAUUUACAGUGACACCUUUGGAUUUUUAGCACUAAAAAGGAAUUUGGAGGAAGCAGGAGUUUUAAUGCAGAAACUUGAGAGGGAAAUUGAAAGUAUGCACUUAGAAUCAUCAUCUUUGAGUAGAUCAACAGAUGCUGUUUCCCCUGGAGUGUCACAAUUGAUUCAAACUUUUGAGCCAAAAGGUUACACAGAGAAGGAUGGCCAAGAUCCAGAGAAAUCCCCUUCAUCUGAAGGCCACACUACUGAAGAUUCACACAUGAGGACCAAAGUGGUUGCACAAAUUCUCAAGAUAUUGCUCGAAGAAUUAGUAAGUGAUGCUGAGGAAGCCAGUGAAUUUUAUAGAGUUAAGCAAAGCAGAGUACUGGCUAAUGCUGCUGGAACAGACUUGAGCAAGUAUGAUGCGUUGGAAGAGCACAAUGAUCAAUUACAGGAAGCAAACAUAGAGCUUAUGGUUUUUUAUGAGGCUAUGAGAGAGCUUAUCCAUCAUGGUGUUGCAAAAGAGAGUGAACUUCUUGGUCUAUGUGAUGCCAUGCAGAAGCAAGAAGCUGUUCUAAAAUUAGAGAACCAUAAUCUUCAAGAGAAGAUGAAUGACUUACAAGGUCAUAUUAACGAGCUGCAGGUUCAAUUGGAGGGACAUUGUAGAGACUCGGAUGAGAUGACUUCUUCAAUUUCCAAUCAAUUGCAAGCACUCCAAUCAGAAGUGUCUGAAAGAGAAUUGAUUCUCCAAGAAGAACAGAGUUCUGUUGCGGCUCAGAUUCUUCAGACUGUUGCCAAGCUGGAUUCUACUGCCAAUAAUAUUUCUGCCAACCCAUUGCCUACUGGAAAUAGCAACCCUGAUAUUGUUGGCUCUGUUGCUGCUUCUGUUGAUGGUGCCUGCAUAGUGAUUCAGGGUCUGCAUGGACAACUUGAGGCUGCUCAAAGUGAAUUUCAAGAAAUGUCACACAAAACUGAUGUAGCUCUGAGCAUUCUGCAUAGACUUUACAGUGAACUUGUGAGGACUUUAUUUGGGUGUGACCCAGAUGCAGCUAACGAAGUCAUGGCUGAUGGUAAAAGGCUGGAUCUUUUACAUCCUAAUAUUUUUGAUGCCCUAUUGAACCAAUUGAAAAAACUUUGUAGUGAGAGAUUGGAGCUUCAGUCUGCAAAUACACAACUCGGUUCACAGAUGACUAACACAGCUAGGGAGACUGAUGAACUGCAAAAGUUAUAUCUAAAAUCAGAUACUGUUCUCAAGUUAAUUGAUGAGAUCGAACAAUCAGUGAAGUUGGAGAGGCCAGCUGUGUGUGGAGAUGAACCUGCCUCACUCCUGGAGUCUCUGAUUCAUCUACUCAUUCAGAAAUGCAGAGAAACUGGUCAGGGCUCAAGCUUAUGUGCAUCUCUAGAAAUGCAUGUACAUGAUUUGCAGGGUGAAGUGGAACGCUUGAACUUUGUUCUUAUGGAAUAUGGAAAUGAGAACCUGGUUUUUAAGCACAGUCUGAAGAGUGCGCAAGAGGUUGUUAUUGCUCUCAAUUCUAAAGUGCAAGAGAAAAUUGCUGAGCUAGAACUGUCUGAGCAGCGAUUAUCGUCCCUUAGAGAGAAGUUAGGUAUAGCAGUUACAAAGGGGAAAGGCCUUAUUUCACAACGCGAGAGUCUUAAGCAAUCAUUAGCUGAAACGUCCAAGGGAACUGGAGAAAUGUUCGCAGGAAUUACUAUCUAA